AUGGUCUACCUGGAGACUACAACAGAACAGCCCUUGCCCCUGGUACUUGUGGGCAAUAAAUGUGACCUAGUGACAACAGCUGGAGAUGCUCACACUGAUGCAGCAAUCCUGACUCAUAAGUGGGGAGCCCCCUUCAUCAAGACCUCAGCCAAGACACGACAAGGUGUAGAGGAAGCAUUUGCUCUGCUUGUCCAUGAGAUUCAGAGGGCCCAGGAGUCUGUGGUUGAGUCAAGCAUGGAGAAGACCCGACAACACAAAGCCAUGUACAAGAAAAGAGGAGAGAGAUUCCUGCGCCUCCGCUCCGUCCCCCGCAGGGUUGCUCUGUUUGCCAUGGACGGCAUCGUCCCAGACAUAGCAGUCGGUACAAAGCGGGGCUCCGACGAGCUCUUCUCCAUGUGUGUCAGCAGCGGCCCCUUCAUCAUGAGCAGCUUGACUUUCGCAGCCAAUGGAAAUGAUAGUAAGAAGUUUAAAGGUGACAACAGGAGCACAGGGGUCCCUUCCAGAGUCAUCCAUGUCCGCUCACUGCCCAGUGAUGUCACUGAGGGCAAGGUUAUCUCUCUGGGGCUGCCCUUUGGGAAGGUCACCAACCUCCUUAUGCUGAAGGGGAAAAACCAGGCCUUCAUUGAAAUGAACACAGAGGAGGCUGCCAACACUAUGGUCAACUACUAUACAUCAGUGGCACCUGUGCUGCGUGGACAGCCCAUCUACCUCCAGUUCUCCAACCACAAGGAGCUCAAAACUGACAGCUCACCCAACCAUGCACGUGCCCAGGCAGCCCUGCAGGCU